AAACGACAAUAUUUGGCACUUUGUAUCAAGUGUAGCAAAGACAAAAAUUCAUAAUAUAGCCGAUAUAAUAGUUUAUUGCAAAUAAAGAAAAAUAUCGUUUCGUCUACACAAAAUGACCCAUCAACGCCAAAUAGAAAGGUUGAAAUACAGGAACUGGGUGAAAGGUGGACUAGCUUAUAAAUACCUCAAAGAUGGUAUAGAAGGCUUUGCCGAUGAUAUUGUUCAACAGGAUCAUAUACGAAUUGUUAACGGAUUCAAACACGGUCCUGCAUCAACAUGUAACCAGUGUAGUCUAAAUUGUUUGAAACCUUUACAUAAGUGUGUGUAUGAUCCGAGUACUGGAAAAGAGAAAUGCCCGUGGGGACAGAACAGCUGUAACUGUUUAUUUCCUCGAAAACAGCGAUGUCGUAAUCAUGUCUGUGACGAAAUAUUUGAAGACAUACUGAAAGGUCAUGGUUCCACCCCACCAACACCAAACUGGAAAAACACUAAUAUUCAGAACUGGUGUUCUGUGCCGUGGGAAAUUGCAAAAUGUUUCAUCAACGCACCUGGGUAUUCAGACAAGGUGUCCGCCGCUGAUAUUGAUGCCCCAGGAUUGCUACAUAUCUUCGUAAAUAAUAUCAAUUUCCAAAGCAGAGUAACUGGAACAGAUGUUUUCAUCAGGGUUCUUAAAAGACGAAACAAAAUUUUUCACUCGCCUACAAUGGAACUCGAAGAUAAAGAGCUGAAUGACUGCAUUGAUGAUAUCAUAGCAAUUCUUGAAGAUGACAAAGAACUGAAGGCACGAGCCGAUGCUCAACAGGCAGUCAUUAAACUUAAACAACUGAAACAUGAUAACUUCAUUAUCACUACGUACAAUGAGGUCGAAGUGUGUAGAACUGCUAUGUCCUCUAUUGUAAACAAAGAAGCAGAACUCAAACAACUGAUCCAAGACACAAAGGCAGACAUUAACACAAAUAAAGCAGACAUAGAAUCAAAGCAAAAUGAUUUGUUACGCUCAGUAGAUGCUAAAACAAAGACAGCGCUAGAUGUUGCGUUAGAAGAAUUGAGCAAGCAAAGUGACAGUAAGUUUAAAAAUGUAAAACAGAAGGUCGACUUACUGGAAGAAAGAGUCAGACAACUUGAAUUAGACAACGUGACUUUCAAAGAGCGUCUGGCGGAGAUAGAGGGUCACGUUGAAAGACUUGAUGAAGCACGAAAUAUUUGUAAAAUACAGUUAGAGUACAUUGAGCAGAAGCAAGGUAAUAUUUACAAAAUUUAAAGAAUUA